AUCCCAGCCAGGCUUUGGGAUCCUUUGCUGGGGAGAGGGCUGAUCUUUUGUUUGUUUUGAAGCGCUGGCAGGAAAGUGGGGAGGAGAAAAUUACCUAAGUGAUAGUGAGGUUGCCAUGAACUAUAUAAAACUGGGAAAUCAAAGCAGAGAAACUCCACCUCACAGUCUUGAACCACAAAAGCACAACCCCUGAAGAGAAACCCACCCCACAAACUGAGUGAUCUCAAAGGCUUGAACUCAAACCAAGCUGCAUGAGCUCAGAGCUGCUGCAGGACUGAGAACCCCGGAGCUGUCACGGCCAGCUCCAGUUGUAGGAGUGGGAGCUGGGAGCUGGGAAUGCUGUUCUUGGGAAGUUUCACGGUGAUGAAGUGGAGGCAGCUCUUCUGGAUCGCCCUCUGCGUGGUGGAGUUGGCUGGUAACACUUCUGGAAGCCCGACAGAGACACCUGCACCCACGGCCACGGACAUGGCAGAGGAAGGCAACAGCAGUGGGGCAACCACUGGAACCAUCGGAGCCACUGGGGCCCCUGGAACCGCCAGCAGUGCCAAGCCCACACCAGACACAUCUGCUGCAGGUGGGUCCCUGACAGGCACCCCCAGCUCCACGGGAUCCAGCGGAGAGCAGAUGAGCUCCCAGACCAGCCAAGCCCCCCCAGCAGCACUGAGCACCUCCUCAGAGACACAGAGCCAGAAGGUCCCCACGACCAGGAGCCCAGAGACACAGCCCAGUGAGACAGCAGAGGCCUCAGGGUCCCCAGCGGGCACAAAGAGCUCUCCUGCCACCACGGAGCAUCCUCCUGUCUCAGCUGCCACGGUGCCACCGCACACAGCCAGGGACAGCCCAAAGCCCUCCCCUCUUCCCAUCACAUGCCACAAUGUCAAGGAAGUGAGUGCCACUGGAGCCAUCUGCCUGCAGCUCAACGAGUCCACCACCUGUAAACACUUCUUAGAGAGGAAGGGAUCGGAUUUGUGGAGAGCAGUAUGCCAAGAGAACACCCACCCCGUUCCCUCCCCCUGCCAGAUCAAACUCGCCAGAUCCGAGGUGGACCAUCACUGCAUGCUCCUCAUCCUCAGUGGAGAGAAAGAUCCUGCUCCACAUGUGCUCAAGGAGUCUCACUGGGAAAAGUUUGGAAUAAAAUCCCUGAAGUGGGACAGCGUGAGGAACCACCAGGACUUUUCUCAGAAGACCCUGAUUGCCUUGGUCACAUCUGGACUCCUGCUGGCGUUCCUGGGCCUGGCUGGAUAUUUCCUGAUGAGGCGGCGGAGCUGGAGCCCCGCGGGAGAGAGGCUGGCUGAAGACCCGUAUUACACGGAGAACGGUAGCCAGGGCAACACGAUGCUGAUGACGCCCUCCCAGGAGCGGCCGGAGCCGCAGGAGAAGCCGAACCUCAACGGUGGCACCCAGGAGAACGGGACCGGCCAGGCGUCCUCCAAAAACGGGCACUCAGCCCGGCAGCACAGCCCUGCUGACACCGAGAUGUGAGCCGGGAGAACUGAGAGAACCGCGAGGGCAAGCAGAGAGGCAAAGGGAGGGCAGGAGUUUUGCCAUGGACAAGCUGGGGAACCGCAGACCUUUUUGUAUUGUUGUUAUUGUUUCUGUGAAGAACUUCAAGAACAAAAAAAAAUCAGCCCGGAGCACACUGAGAGCUGCCAAAGACCUGCUUCUCUGCCUCCUCCUCCUCCUCCCAUUGACCACACAAGAGACGUUUUCUUUUUUUGCAGCUGUUCUCUGCUUUUGUGUUGUUAGAGGAACAUCAUGAGAAGUACAAGUGCCCUUAGCCCUCCACAGCUUUUAAGCAGAGGCAGGCUGUGUCCAAACAGCCCAAAUUUCUGGUAGCAAUUGUGUUAGGCUGAUGAAAGUAGUUACAUUGGGAUUUUUCAGUGACAAAAACCUCUCAGGUUUCAGAUAGUUUGGGUUAACAGAGUUGUUUAUAAUCUCAUCUUUAUGUUUAAGUGCAGGAUUUCUUCCUUUUUUUAAGACCAUCAGGCAUUUAACCCCCUUCUUGUGUUCUAGGUUUCCUCUACUAUUUCCUACUCCAGCAGAGUUUGCUGGAGCUCUGUGUAAAACUUUCCACGUGGAAUCGAAGGUUGAAAUGCCAAUAGACCUCAAACUUGUUUCUUUUUGACUCCUGCCAGUACACAGGUAGUUGUUUUAGAGCAGAAAUCUUCUCCAGUCUCUUCGUGUCAGGGACUGGGGACAUUGUGACGAGGCAGAGCCAGCAUUUUAUCCCUUGAGUGAGAUGGAGAUCACUGGAUAAGGCUGUGAGGCUCUGUGGGUGCCUGGAGUCCCCCACUCCCCCUGAUGUCAUGUGGGGAUUAAGUGCCCAGCGUAGGAAUUUGGGAAUAGGAGGUGUCAAAGGGCUCCCAGCGGGAUGAGUGUGAGACAGAAACCUGGCCCUGUGUUUCUCCCUCUGCACCAGCAGUAGGUACAUAAACAAUGAGCAGUAUUUUCACUUUGGUAGGUCCCCAAAGCCCCCCA